AGAAGAAGCACACAAAACACUUUCACAGUGCACGAAACAGGUCUGAGGAACAAUUUAGAGCAAAGGGGUAGACCCUGAUGCUUCGUGCUCGAUGAAAGAACUUCUGAUAGUGUUAGAGGGUUACCAUGAUAGUGGCACAGAUAAACCAGGGAGGUACAGAAUUCCAGCAUGGAGGUGAUGCUCAGGAAGUCACGUUAUGCCUCACUGGACUUUCAGAUAGUGAUCAGAACAUAGACACUGUCAGUUUGCAAGCUGUGACUCUUGCAGAUGGCUCCACUGCAUAUAUUCAGCAUAAUACUCAAGAUGGCAAUAUCAUGGAAGGGCAGGUGAUACAGCUGGAAGAUGGCUCUACGGCUUAUGUUCAGCACAUUGCAGUACCGAAAGGGGGUGAGGUGAACGGGUGGUCAGGCCCGGCUGUGUCCGAUGUCAUGGGGGGAGAGAGCUUGAGCCUACAAGAUGGGCAGGCCGUGCAGCUGGAAGACGGUACCACUGCUUACAUCCACCACACUCCUAAAGAGUCCUGUGAUCCCGGUGCCCUCCAGGCGGUGCAGUUGGAGGAUGGCUCCACCGCCUACAUCCAGCAUGCUGUUCACAUGCCUCAGCCCAACACCAUUUUGGCCAUCCAGGAAAACGGCACCAUCUCAGACCUGCACAUGGAGGGUUCCAUUGACCCAGAGACUGUCAGUGUGCUGGAACAAUACACAGCUAAGGUAGAAGAACUGGAACCUUAUCCAAACUCAGAGCUGGUCACAAAUGACCACGAGAAUGUGGUGCAAAUGCAGAUUGUUCUCCGGGGCCAGGGGGGUCGGCGUUCCCUGCCGCAGCCUGCGGAGAAAUCCUUCCAGUGCGGUUACGAGGGAUGUGGCAAACUUUACACCACAGCACAUCAUCUCAAGGUGCAUGAAAGGGCACACACAGGUGACAAGCCUUACUGCUGUGAUAAACCAGGCUGUGGAAAGAAGUUUGCUACAGGCUAUGGCUUAAAAAGCCACAUUAGAACACACACUGGCGAAAAACCCUACUGCUGCCAAGAAGUGAACUGCAAAAAAUCUUUCAAGACCUCAGGGGACCUGCAAAAGCACACCAGAAUCCACACAGGAGAGAAGCCAUUUAUAUGUCCUUACCAAGGUUGCGGGCGAUCCUUCACUACCUCCAACAUCUGCAAGGUUCACGUGCGCACGCACACGGGAGAGAGGCCCUACCAUUGCCCAGAGCCUGGCUGCAACCGGGCUUUCGCCAGUGCAACCAAUUACAAGAACCACAUAAGGAUCCACACAGGGGAGAGACCAUACGUGUGCACUGUACCGGGCUGCGAAAAGCGCUUCACUGAAUACUCCAGCCUGUACAAGCAUCACGUGGUUCACACGCCCUGUAAGCCCUAUCGCUGUAACCACUGCGGGAAGACCUACAAGCAGAUCUCCACGCUGGCCAUGCACAAGCGCACGGCCCACAACGACUCGGAGCCCAUUGAGGAGGAGCAGGGGGGCUAUUUUGAACCUCCCACAGAAGCCUUUGAUGAUCCCUCCAUGGACACUGCCUCAGCAAAGAGUGUAGCAGCCUGCCCCGAGAUGACCCCUGUGACCUCUGAUGUCACAGGACAAGAGGAAAUCACUCUUAUUGCACAAGAUGGGAUUCAGCAGACAAUUGGUAAUACCAUCACCAUGGUAACACAAGAUGGCAACAUGAUCACCCUCCCGGCCAGUGAGUCCCUGCUGACGUCUGGGGAGAUCACCAUGGUGAACGCAGAUGGCACAGAGGGACAGAUGACUAUUGUGUCACAGGACUUGGCUUCUUUACAGACAAAACAGGAGGAGCUGGUUCCACACCCAGUCACGCUUCUUACCACUACUAAUGGUACACAGAUUGCUGUUCAGCUCAGUGACCAAACGUCACUGGAGGAAGCUCUGAGAAUAGCAUCAAGUAUACAACAAGGAGACGCACCAGUACUCGGAAAUUAACUUUGCAAAAACCUUCCUGUGAGCAUUGGAUGCUGGACAACAGAGGCAUAUGUUAUAUAAAAAUAGAGUUUUCAAAUUAUUGAUCCAGUUGUUCAGAGGUUAAAACAUGGGCUAUAAUAUUUCCUAGAUCUUGUUUACAUUCAUCUUUUUCAUAAUGUGUGUACAGCUGUAAUAAAGACAGAGUGCUGGCCUAUAUGAAUUUAUACAAUAAAGGACUUUAUUACAUGG